AUGUCUAUGUCUAACUGUGCUGAAUUGAUAGUAUCUAACAGUGAUCUUGAAAGGGAUCUCCAAUUGAAAGAGGAAGAUGAGAAGGAUGGAUCAAAUAAACGGGAAGUGGGGCAAUGCAGACAAACAACUCCCAUAAGCCAGCAGAACUCUGCUCAAUGCAGGUCCACAGAUUGUGAUGACGAAAAUAGAAUUUCUAUUACGAUGGCUGAUGGUGAGCCAGCCGCUAAGGUUUUUCGUCAGAAAUAUCGACAUGAAAUCAACAGCUUUGUUGGUCUCUUUAUCUUGCAAAGAUUUAAUAAUGGACAUUUUGGUUUUAGUGGAACUGAAACAAAUCGUUACUCGCAGGGCGAGCUCCUUUAUGAGGUGAACCCGCUUGACCCCGAAAGUUCGAUUGAAGUUAAUAGUUACGAUGCAAUAAAGAUUGAAACAAGUUACUUAACUCUGGAGUUUCAACAUGGAGGGCAUUUUGUCGCUUUUAGUCCUGUUUUAAUAUACAAUGGAGGUAAAAUUAACAGGUUUGAUAACAUUGACCCAGAUUUGAUGUCUCAAAUUGAGGUAGAUGGCAUGGUUGAAACUCUAGGUAAUAAGAAAGAUACAGGAUACACAGUCUAUUAUAUGCUACCAAAUGCAGAUAGUGAAGAUGGUUUAAGGCAAUUGGCUUCGGAUAAUGAUGUACUUAACAUGUUUGCAUGUUAUGAGGGGAAUGAUAUUAUUAGGUUGUAUGUAGUCAUUGAGCAGAUUAAUGAAGGUAGUAGAGGUAUAUCUACUGUUGGAGAUAAAUAUGAUACUCCUACCUUUGAUUAUGAAUUCAAUAUUGAGUAUGGUUCCACUUUUUGUGAUGGUUUGCCUGAUACAAUGGUAAGAUAUGCUGACUCAUUUGAUGAUUUGGACUUGUUGUACUUUUAUGAUGGUGUGCCUGAUGGGGUGCAUUCUUCUGGUCUUGAAAAUAGAAGUAGGGUUGACAAGGAAAAGUCAAAAAUUGGAGAGGAAUGUUCCGGUGUUGGGAGGGGGAAUAGUUUUGAUUAG